AUGACGUCCCAAGGAACAGCCCAAACGAACCCAAAUGAUACGAUCAUCCCAUUCCACUUUUGGGACGAUGUCCCUUAUACUCGUGGAAUAUGCCUUAACGUGACCCUGCGCUUCGAGGAAGUUCUGGAUACUGCAAAACUUCAGAGAUCCAUAGAGCGCCUCUUAGAAACAGGCGACUGGAGGAAGUUAGGAGCUCGUCUCCACCAGAAUGUGAAAAUCAACAUCCACCCUGACAGUCAAGUCCCACUACUAAUCCAUCACCAGGAAGCUGGAAAACUAGAAUACCACCUCCCAUCAAAGUUUACCAACAACCGACCAGGCAUCAUAUUCACCACUGCCAAUCAGCCAAACCCAAUCUCUUCGCAUCCACUUGCCUCACAAAUCCCGUCAACCCAAGAAACAAGCCAAAUCUCCGUCCUGGGGUGCAUGUCCAGCUUCAAUUCCAUAACCAAACACGACGACGCUCCAAACAAAAUUGAAGACUAUCUCUCCUCCGACAUCCCCCAACUCUUCAUCCACAUCGUGACCUUCACAGACACAACGCUGAUAACAGUGACAUUCCCACAUACCCUUUUCGACGCAAUGGGUCUAUCCUACUUCCUCCAAGCAUGGACCGCGAUUCUCUCCGACCAAGAAGACCGCAUCCCCGCAUUCCUAGGCUUCGAUGGGGACAUCGUCGAGGCGAAAACCGAAUACGUCCCCGCAGAACAACACGUCCUUGCCAGGAAGACAUUUACCAGAUUCCAAUUGGCGGUGCUGGUACUCUCGCGCUGGUGGGAGAAUUACCGGUAUCCGGAUGUCCUGGACAAAGUCAUCACGAUCCCGGGUACUCACGUGCAAAGGAUGCGAGAAAGGGCUCUACAAGAGCUUAGAGCACAGUCAUCACAAUCAUCACGUUCUUUGUCCGAAGAUAUCUUCGUCAGCGAGGGAGAUAUCCUCCUGGCAUGGCUUUCCAAAACACUCAUCAACGCUCUAAACCCGUCCCCCCAGACCCCGGUCCAAAUAUCAAACGUCUUCGACACCCGCGCUGUCUUGAAUAUCUCACAAGCAGGCGCGUAUACCGGCAACGCCACAAUCCCAUCCUGCACAACAUUCACAGCACAAUCCCUUCAACAAAGUCCUACCAGUAACACAGCUCUACACCUCCGCAACGCCCUGAACGAGCAACGCAUUCCUUCACAGGUCCACGCCAUGUCUUCCCUGCGCAAGAAAACGCUCCGUGAAACGGGAUUCCUCCCCAUCGUAGGUGUUCCGCACCAAAUCUCGAUUACGUGUACGAAUUGGCACCGGGCACGGUUCUUUGACCUGGAUUUUUCGUCCGCGAGGGUUGAUCGAGCGUGUAUAGGGGCUUGUAGGCCGUCGUAUAUUAAUACCGCGGGGCCGACGCCGUUGGGGCCGCAUGUUGCGAGGAAUCUGGUUACUGUGACGGGCAGGGAUGGGGUUGGGAAUUGGUGGGUGCAGAUUCUAGCGAGGGCAGGGGCCUGGGAGAGGAUUGAGGAGGCAGUUCGUGGGUUGGAGGUGGACGUUUAG